CUUGUUGUUUUUUUUCUUCUUCUUCUCAAAGAGGAGAGACAACACUAACAACACUUCACCCUGUCUGAAGACGCACAGAAAGAGAGAGAAGAGACGUGCAGCUCGUUGUUGUUCGUGACUAAAUGAUGAAAAUGGUUUUAAAUCGCUGGUUUUUGUCGACUUUGUUGAUGUGCGUCACUUUGUGCAGCAGCAGCGGUGUGUUUGCUGCAUCAUACCGGAGACCUAACAUUGUUUUGAUCCUCACAGACGACCUGGACAUCGCUAUUGGAGGUCUAAAUCCACUAAACAAGACCAAAAAGCUUAUUGGUGAUGCAGGGAUAUCAUUCACAAACGCAUUUGUGGCCAGCCCGCUGUGCUGCCCCAGUCGAGCCAGCAUCCUGACGGGGAAAUACCCCCACAACCACCACGUCAUCAACAACACCUUAGAGGGAAACUGUAGCAGUAAGGCCUGGCAGAAGAGCGAGGAGGCCACUACCUUCCCCGCUCUGCUACACACCUACGCUGGAUAUCAGACCUUCUUCGCUGGGAAGUACCUCAACCAGUAUGGGCACGCCGAGGCAGGCGGAGUGGAGCAUGUUCCUCCAGGCUGGAACUACUGGGUCGCACUGGAGAAAAACUCUAAAUACUACAACUACACUCUGUCAGUGAACGGGAAGGCUCAGAAACACGGAGCCGAGUACAGCAAAGAUUACCUGACAGACGUACUGGCCAACAUGUCUCUAGACUUCCUCCAGUAUAAAUCCAACUACCAGCCGUUCUUUAUGAUGGUUUCCACGCCGGCGCCUCAUUCCCCGUGGACGGCAGCUCCUCAGUACCAGGACCGCUUCAACACCACCAAGGCGCCCAGAGAUCCCAACUUCAACAUCCACGGAAAGGACAAACACUGGUUGAUCCGACAGGCUAAAACACCCAUGACUAACUCGUCCAUUCAGUUUCUGGAUGACGCUUUCAAGAAGCGUUGGAGGACUCUGCUGUCAGUGGACGACCUGGUGGAGAAAAUAGUGAAGAGGUUGGAAGUCAGAGGUGAACUGGACAAUACCUACAUCUUCUUCACCUCUGAUAACGGUUACCACACAGGUCAGUUUUCUCUUCCUCUGGAUAAACGGCAGCUGUAUGAGUUUGACAUCAGAGUUCCUCUCAUGGUCAGAGGACCGAACAUCAAACCCAACCAGACCACCCAGAUGCUGGUGGCGAACGUGGACCUCGGCCCGACCAUCCUGGACAUCGCCGGUUACAACGUCAACAAGACGCAGAUGGACGGCAUGUCCUUCCUGCCUGUCAUGGAGGGAAACAUUAACAGCACCAGCUGGAGAACAGACAUCCUGGUGGAGUAUGAAGGAGAGGGAAGCAACGUGUCCGACCCCGCCUGCCCUCUACUGGGACCCGGAGUGUCGGAGUGUUUCCCAGACUGUGUGUGCGAGGACUCGUACAACAACACCUACGCCUGUGUGCGCACCGUCGCCCCCUCUGCUAACCUGCAGUACUGCGAGUUUGAUGAUAACGAGGUGUUUGUUGAAGUCUACAACGUGACAGCGGACCCCUUCCAGCUCACAAACAUCGCUAAGACCAUCGACCAGGAAGUUUUGGAGAAGAUGAACCAUCGGCUGAUGAUGCUGCAGUCCUGCUCCGGACAGUCGUGUCGGACACCCGGCGUGUACGACCCAAGGUAUAAAUUUGACCCUCGACAGAUGUUUCCCCACCACAGCCACAGCUGGCGGCUCAGCAGACUCAGAAAAACGACGAAAUAAGAAGAAAAAGAACAGAUGACGGACGAGGAGAGGACGGAGGAAAGAAGGGCUGUAUUGUAUUUUGUAUUCAGCCUUUCCUGCUGUUGUUGCCUUGUUUUUCGGGCCUCCUGAACCAGUCUCUCUUGUAGAUGGAUGGAGAAGGGAUCGAGGGGGAUCGUGUUUUGGGAAUAGGUGGGGUUGCCAUGGAGACAGGAGGCCUCUGUGGGUGUAGCGCCCACCUUUUUUUUUUUUUUUUUAAAAACCUUCCAGUUUUUUGGCUGCUGUUUAGUGAUUUUGUGCAGGGAUGCCAAAUUAUCAUUAAGGAUGGAUUUACGAUAGUAAGCCAUUGAUUUUAAAUGUGCAUUGAAUGUCUGUUCGGUCAGUUGUGAUGUCCGUUUAAAAGUCCUGGAAAAAAAUGUGACAUAAGUUUGAUCCAGUUCAUGUAAAUUAAAGCCUGUUUCUCUGUUGAACAUCAUAUCAAUGAUCCAAACAGUGGCUAGUUACUUCUUUAAAUACAUCGAGGCUGAUCGGUCUUUGCUGCAUUUGGAUCGUCCUCAAUUAACAUUUUCAUUAUCAGAAGUAAAGUAAUGAAACCCAAAUUCAGGGCUGACACUAACUUUCAUCAACUUUUAUCAAUAAGCAAUUGAUUAUUUCUGCAACUAAACUCCCAAAGCAUGGCCUUCAAUUUAGGGCUUAAACUAACGAUUAUUUUAAUUAUUAAUUAGUCUGUAGAUUGUCUCAUUUAGUUGAUUAGUUGUUUGGUUUAUAAAAUGUCUGAAAUUGGUAAAAAAAAAAAAAAAAUCAUGAUUUUUGUUUCCCAAAGAUGCAACUUUAAGUGUAAAAUAUUCAGUUUACUCUCACAGAGGACUAAAGAAAGCAGGAAAUGCUCACAUUUAAAGUAGUUGGAAACAGAGAAUUUGGACAUUUUAUUUCUUUAGAAAAAGACUAAAAACAACUAACUAUCAAAAUAGUUGACGGCCAAUUAAGAUGAAUUGUUGCAGCUGUAGUUAAAAAAAAAAUUAAAUAGUCAAAAAAUCUGUUUUUUUUAUACUAAAUACUACUAAAUGAAGCAAAAUGUAUAACUAUUUUAGCCAUAAUGAACUGGCAAACAGUGGACCAGGUUAGUAUAACUUACAUGUCACUUAAAAGGCGACACCUACAGAAAGCUGAUAAACAGGCAGUCCAACAGACAGACGGUACAAUUAUCUGUUAAACUAGUGCCUAAAAAUGUUCCCAAAAUGUUAAAAUCUUGCACGGGAGUUAAAGAAACUAUCACGUGAUCUGAUGGCGGCUUUAGAGCAAACGCUGACAGAUCUUAAGGAGAAUUUGGACGUUUUCAGGAUAUAUUUCGAUCCUCUGAAAAUGUAGAAAUAGAAAUAAUAAACGGCCGCUUUUGUUUGAGUUCUGGGACUUGAAGGUGGCGGCAGGUCGUCCGUGAAAAACCUCCAUCCAUCCAUCCAAGUUAAAUUUACAGAUCUGAUUUAACGGCUCAUUACUGAUGCUGCAGACAGACUCUCACAUCUGUGUCUCCAGCAUCAGAUCAAUGAUUGAGACUGAGCAGCAUAAAAAAAGCUCCUUUUUCAUUCAUAAAACUCAAACUAAUAUUACCUUUUUUUGUUUUUGGGUCAUCUUAUUGAUUUUUUCUGAAUUUUAUCAGUGUGAUAAUAGAAGUUACAUGUCAGUUUAAUGGACAUCUACGUUAGACAUCUUUUCAUUUCAUAAUUUAUUAUCUUAUGAAUCAUUUAGAGUGUUUUCACUAUCAUCUUUGUGUUUGUUUUUUCAUUGAGCCAAAAAGUUUUAACAAUAUAGUGAUUCAGUAGAGUUGGACUAUCUAACAAGAAAAAAGGCUAAACGUAGAAGUCAAUUUUUUAAUAACUUAAAAUUCAUUUUCCUAACCUGACUCGUCAAAUGUGGAUUGAAUCUUUAAAAGAAAAAUACUCUAUUUUAAAAUCAGUCAACAUGAAAAAGGAAAAUAAUCAACAGUAUUUUAUAUAUUUUGUCAUAUUAAGCUUUUUUUCAUCCAAACUGGAAGAGAUUUUUUUCUUUCAUCUAUACAAAAACACUUUUCUUUCAAUCUUUUACGUUGGUCUGCUGAUAUUUCUGUUGUUAAAAUCAGUUAAAAUCUGUUAUUUCAGUGUUAAUUCUGUUGGAUUUUAUGCAGGCUGAUAACAUUAAGAUUACAGGAGUAGUUUAAGAUUUUGGGAAACUAUUUGAUUUCAUUGUUCAGAGUUAGAUGAGAAAAAAAUAAUAACUCAUGUUUGUCUGUUUAAAAUGAAGCUACAGCUGAUAGACUGUUACUUUUAAAGGAGCAGUUUGUAGACUUUAGUGGCAUCUAGCUGAACAAACUUGGCAGAAAUAGAAUAUAUUUCUGCAAUCUGCAAACUCACCACGAGAUGUCACUAAAUCCUCCAAAUGUUAUGUUAGUAGCUGUAAAGCUGUAGUUUCAUUUUAAACAGACCGAUAUAAUAGUGGUUUCAAUCUUUUCAACUAAACUGAGGCACAGAAAGACAAAAUGUUAAACUACUUUUUUUUAAAGCUGCCUAGAGCCAGAGCUGUGUGAUAUGACGAUCUAUAUCAUGUGACGAUAGAAAAAUGUCUGUUAUUUCACACUUUUUACGGCAAUAUUUUUCUUCAUUUGGAGGACAGUUUGUGUUCUUCAGGCAUGGUUCGGAUGCAUGAAAAAGUAUGAAAAAUCCAUGUGGUCAUUUAUAUAAACUAUUAAUUCAUUACAUUUACAGAUAAUGUGCUAUAUCAUGACAUGUUUCAUUAUCUGGAUAUAACACAACCUGCUUCCGGAUACUGUAUGAGAUUUUUAGUCAUAUCACAGAGUCCUACCUGGAGCCGACAUUUUAUGCUGAUAUUCUUUUUUCUUUUUUUUAAAAAACUUUUAAAAGAUCAAAUAUUUGCAGAUUUUUUAACAUCUAACCUAAGAUCUGGACGUGAAGACUUUGGUGCCAUCUCGAGCUCAAGUAUCAACCCCGAAAUAAUCAGUGACGUUCAGAAAGUCUCUGUUGAGUUAAACCUGCACGACAUUUAUUAGAAAUGACUGACGCUGCGUCCGAAAUCACACACUACACACUAUACAUUACACACUAAAUACCUGAUACAUGUGCUAACCUUUAACAUACUUUAGUGUGAAUAAGCAGUAGUAUGUAUCUUUUCUGAUGUCACUUCCUGAGAGCCUCCUUGCCGACUGGAGACAUGCAACCAUAGUAACGUGUGUGCAAUAUUUAUCCCAGCGUUGGGUCCGACGCUUGCAUACUGUAAUAUUUCCCCUGGAAUAGCUUGAAAGUCACAUAUUAGUGGUUUUGGACAUAAUAAAAACUCUCAUUCAGUUAGUGAGGGAUUUCGGACGCAGCCUGAAUCUUUUUUUGAGUUUAUUUUAACAGUAUUCUUUUUUUUCUUCUUUUAAAAUUACUGACAAAUCAACGACAGCGAACAUGUUAUUACAUCUGUUCCACUGCUACUGUAGUAGUCGUUAUUCUUGGAUCAUACAGCUCUUUCUUUCUUCCUCUGGUGUCCGAGUCGCGACUGGACUGAAUUUAAAGCUUCAUGUGCGAACACUGAGAUUAAAAAGUCCUGUGGGUCACACAUAAAAGAAAACAAAAAAACAACAAGAGAGAGAGAGAGAUACCACAGGACUUUAAAAAAUAAUGCACCAUGUGAUUAUUUCUUCCUCUUUUAAAAGAAAAAAAAAAAGAAAAAUCAAUCACGUUGUUCCAAUUCACUGAUGCACUUUCCAAUCUGUCAGAACUGUUUUGUUGUUUUGGCACCCUCAGUUUAUUUUCAGAGUAGUUUUGAUGAUGAUGAUUAUGUAUUUUUGGCUUGUGUUUUUGUCCAAAUAAAAAUAUUCUCAAGAUAU